AUGACUGGUAAUCAGAGCACCCAGGAGGUAACCCGCAAUGUUAGAGAGAGAAUGUACAAACUCCCCACUGCCCACACCCAAGGUCAAAAUCAAGUUCUUGAAUAUAAAGUUGGACUAGACUCCGCACGACGUGUCACCAGAGGACUCUUCAAAGAAACACAUGAGAGAAAUAUCCAAGGAUACAUCACCCUACCCUCCCAGAACUGCACUGAACACAUCUUCUACAUGUUGGAUGCUCCAGAUUUUCUAAAUCCUGUAGAGAUUCUGGUGGAGUUUGAGACCUUAAAUCCAGAGGAAGGACCAGUCCUGGAUGUUGACCUGCCAAAAUCAAAGAAAGCUUUGGUGCCUUUCACAAAAGAUUGUGGAGAGGAUGGAGAAUGCAUCAGUGACCUAAAGCUUCGUGCCCAGGCAGACAUAAAGGGUGACAGGAUGCAUCCUUACAUUGUGCAAAUCAAUCAGAAAAAAUUCAAUUUGGUGAUAAAAUUAAUAAACCAAAAGGAAAAUGCCUACAACUCAAGAAUAGCAGUGAUAUUUUCUAAGAAUAUCUAUUUUGCUGGAGUGGAGCAAAAUGAUGAUUGCACACCAUUGGGACCAAACAAUGUAACGUGCAAAGUUGGAUAUCCAUUUAUUACACCAGAUUCCGAGAUUUCCUUUAAGAUGAAAUUUGAAUUCAAUGCCACUCAUCUCCUUAGUGAUGUUUACAUACACCUGGAGGCGACAAGCGACAGCAGCGAAUUAAAUGAAACAAUGAGUGACAAUGAAGUCACCAUCUCCAUUCCAAUAUUAUAUCAAGCUGGGCUGCACUUUUCAAGCAAUUUAAAAGAUUAUCGUUUUAAAAUAGCAACCAAUGAUACAAUUCCUGAUGUUAUUAAAAGCAUCGAGGAAAUUGGUGAUGCAGUGGACAUCACUUAUAUGAUCGAGAAUGAUAGAGAUUUUCCUAUUUCAAAUCUUACAAUGAAUAUAGCAUUUCCAUUCUUAUCUCCAGCAAACAAUACUCUUUUAUAUUUGACAGGAAUGACAUUUUCUUCAAAUAAUGUAGGCGGGUGUAAUGACUCACAUUUCGUGGAUCCUCUGAAGAUAGACCCAGAAAAUCCACAGAAACCAGUCCCGGCAGAGGAGCAUUUCAAAAAUACCAUUGGGAUUUGUGAAAAUAAUGCUGGAUGUGUCUCCAUCUCCUGCACUAUAUAUCCAUCAAGUUUUGUCCAGUUUAAUAUGUCAUUAAGAAUAUGGAAGCCUUCAUUUAUUAAAGCAGUUUUUAAGCCAAUCGGUUUAAUUGUAACAGCUACAUUAACAAUUGAAGAUUCUCCACUUGUGGUUCUGAACAAAGCAAUGGAAAGGAGUGCUGUGAGGACUGUGACGUUAACUGUAUCGAAAGAUGCAACCCAUGGAGCGGUUCCAAUCUGGGUCAUUGUACUCAGCAUUCUUGCUGGUCUGCUGCUCCUAGCUCUUGUAAUAUUGGCACUGUGGAAGGCUGGAUUUUUCCGAAGGCCUUUAAAAGAAAAAAUGUGAAAGGUGACAAGAGGUUCUGAGCAGAACAAUAGAAGGCAAAGGUUUUGUAGGUAGCCACCUUUCAGAACGAGUUGUAAAAUGAUGUUCGUAGUGAAAAUAAUUUACAAAGCAACUCUUGUCCUCUUAACCAGAACAUAAUUUGUUAAUAUCAUGUAUAUAUUUAACUUUUGUAUUGUAUAUUAUUGAAAAAAUACAUUCUUGCACAAUGAAAUGUACCAUUUGAAUUAAUGAUUUUAAAUACGAGAGGUUUUGCUGUUCUCCUCUGACCUAGAUAGUUUAAAUAUACCUGAUUUUCAGAAGAUGAACCGAACAUAAUGUGUAUGUUGCCUAGUGAAUGUGUAUAUUUGUUGACAUUAUUAGAUUUAAAAACCCUAUUCGUUUGAUUGAACUCGCAUUACGCUUACAUAUGCUGGUAGAUGCUUUUGAAUUAUAGAUUUUAAACUAUUUUCACAUUAUGUGGAAUAUUUUGUGGCAAACUUUAAAAUAUCUUUUAUAAUAUUUCUUUAAUUACAGCAGUAGAACAUGAUAUGUACAUAUUUAGAAUGUAUCAACUUGUUUCUCUCUAUUAGUAAGCGCACAUGUGCUUACAAGAAAGAUUCUCCAUAAUAAUAGCAAUAUGUAUUGAACCUUAAAGACAGAUGACAAGAAAGGCUAGGAAUUCUGAAGCACUAAUGACAAAAUAAGGUGUCAUAGUGGAACGGAAGCCAAUGAAGUGUGAGAAAACAGGCAUAAAGAGGGAGGUUUCCCCAACAAAAAUGAGUUAUGCCGUUUGUUCACAGUAAUCCACCAGACGAUCGUCGCUUUUACCCCUUGCAUACAUUACUAACCAAUCUUUGCAAGCCUGUCGGUGCAAAAUGCAGGUGACAUGAUGUACUGUCAGCCAAGAUAGUUUUGACCUUUCUCGCUGUCCACUCCAGACUUGUACCGAGAAUUGUGGUUUGUCCAGAAUUUAUUUAAAAGGGAUUGAAGGGAACUCUCUUUUCUUUCAUGUCCCACUUCUGGCUCAGUUGUCCUCCACUGAACUUCCAACCUGUUAACUGAAGACUGGAGUCCAGGGGUGAAUCUCGCAGUCUAGAGGAAGGGAAAAGAAGAUAAACGAUCAGGUGUGAUCCCAUCACACCAAAGGGAAACUCACAAGGCAGGGCAAUCAGUGAGUCAAGUAAAUGGAUUUCAGAACCAAAAGAUGUGCUAAAGAUUAAGGUAAAACAUGACUGGUAUGUCUAACUGAUAAAAGGGAUUCAUAAUGGAUGAGGAAUUCACAACAUCAAAAAAAUUACACUGGUGAAAUUAACUAUUUUGGAAUAGAAAAUCUUUACUUAGAACUUAAGACAGACUCAGUAAAUAAAACAGAUGCCUUUGAACUUGAUUUUCCACUAUUGAAAUACUGAACAUUUGAGGGUGAGCAUCAGAAUCAGCAACCUUUUUUUGUCAAUUAUUUUUACUAAUUAUGUGAUUCUUGAGGUAAGGAAUAUAUAUUU